AUGACUUGAAUUCCCGAUGACUGGUUUCUCAAAUCCUUGUUCUCCUAUCAAGUUCAAGUUGCCUACAACAUAAUGCUAAAGAACCACCAGUCUGGUUCCGCAAGUGGCUUGCAUAUAUUUCGAACCAGUAACCAGAAGCUGGUCAGUUCACUUAGAAACACGUCGCGGUUUGUACGGUUUAGUAGCUUUUUCUUUUAAUUUAUUUUCAUCUUAAUCAUGAUCAAGUACGUCAUUGGGGCCGUUGUUGCUUUAUCUUUCUUCACAGCUGUAUCUGCUGAUGAUCUGCCCGUCACCCAGCAAUGUCUGGGCUGUAUUUGUGAGGCCAUUUCGGGCUGUAACACCACAAAUAUCUGUUCUGGGGACGUUUGUGGUCCCUUCAGAAUCACAUGGGCUUACUGGGCUGAUGCAGGAAAACCGACUGUAGCUGGAGAAUCGCCUGAAUCUGCUACGGCUUAUGCUCAUUGUGCUGGAGAUACUUACUGCUCAGCAUUGUGUGUUCAAGGAUACAUGAGCAAAUUUCAACAAGACUGCAACGGUGAUGCUAAAAUCGACUGUGAUGAUUUUGCAGCCAUUCACAAAUAUGGAGGAUAUGGAUGUCAAGGUCCUCUACCUGAACCUUAUGGGCAACGAUACAGACAAUGCAAAUCCAUUGUUGGAAGCGCCCAGUAAAUGAGCUUAAUUUAUGCUAACUUAAGUGAAGAAAUGUGCCAAUCGAUUAACUGCCUCACUCAUCUUCUAACUGCAACUUUUCAUUUGAAGUUUCUGGCUCUAUUUAAGAAUCAACGAGAUUGUAUUUAUGAUCCAUAAUAAAGUGCGUUUUAAGAUA